AUGGGGCUGCUGGAGGUGCGCGCGUUGGCCCCGUCGGACCGCGGUCUGCGCCCUCCGCCCCGCAGAGCCCUCCCCGGCAGCGCGGCCGAGCCGGGGAAUGGCCGGGGGCACGGGGACGAGGGCGAGCUGCGGCUGCCCGAGGUGCAGGACCUGGCUGCUGCCCCGGCUGCGGGAGGAUGCUCAGCCCUGCGGCAGCACCCGCUGGCUGCCUGCGGCGCUGGGGACGCCAGGUCACUGGACGCGGCGGUGCAGAGUGCCCUCCAGGCCCUCUACCCCCCCUUCGAAGCCACGGCCCCCACGGUCCUGGGCCAGGUGUUUCGGCUGCUGGAGACCAGCUACCGGGGAGAUGGGCUCUGCUGCCUGCUCCAGUUCCUCAUCCCGGCCAAGCGCCUCUUCGAGCACGUGCGGCAGGCAGCCUGCGCUCCCUACUUUAACUGCAUCUUUCUCCAUGAAGGCUGGCCCUUGUGUCUUCACGAGAAAGUGGUCGUCCACCUCGCGCCACUCAACCCCCUCCUGCUGCGCCCUGGGGACUUCUACCUGCAAGCGGAGCCCUGCGAGGAGCACUCGGCACGCAUCACCGUCAAGCACCUCUCCCACGACCUGCGCACGGUGGAGGAGACACCCGUCCCCGAGGCCGCCUACGCGCUGCUCUUCACCAACGAGUGGCUGGAAGAGAUCAACGGUGACCGGGCCAGAGCCCCCCUGCACACCUGCCUGGUGGCCACCGAGAACGGUGUCGCCCCGCUGCCAUGGAGCAAGAUCGCCACGCCGGAGUUCAUCGACAAGCCCAAGGCUGGAGCUGAUGGCGUGCCCACAGGGGCCCGGCACGGCCCCGUUCCUGAACCAGCAGCCGAGCCGCCAGCACCCAGCACACCCACGCCCCGUGGCACGGCGGAUGCCCCGGUGCCCUACAGCAAUGUCGUGGGCACUGUCCCUGGCUGCAAGGUCACCUCUCGGAAGUCGAGCCAGGGAAGAUACCCAGGACUGAUCAAGGUGGACCAGGCUGGGCUGCAGAAGAAGCCGGCCACGCUGGCCGUGCCCAGCCUCUGCGAGAUCAUCAGCCAGAACCUGGAAGGGGAGUACGUGGACCUGCUGGAGCUCUCCCAGGAGCAGCUGGACCUCCUGGCCAGGUCCCUGCCGCCCACCUGCCCGGCAGCGCCAACGGGGGCCAGGGCCGAGGCAACGCUCCCCUGGGUGAACGAGGACCUGGGGGCAGACGCCUGGCCCUGCGGGGGGGCACCCAGCUCGGAGGAGGGUCCCUGCACCCCGUGCCUGGGGAGGAAGCUGAACCAGGAGCCAGAGCUACAUGGCCCACGGUGCCGCCACCGCGACUCCUACCUGGCCGCGCUGCAGAACCCAGUGAGCUUCGGCCCCGGGCUGAUGGCAGCCAUCCUGGAGGAGCCGGAUGGCCCCAGCCCUGAGCUGUCCCCCGCCACUCCCCGUGAGACCCCCACGCAGCACAGGAGGGGGGCUGGCAGCCCCACGCUUCUCACCCGCCGCCCCGGCCCUCCGCCCGGGGGGGCCGCCCCCCGCCCCCCCCCGCCCCCCAGCCACAAAUUCUCCUUCCUGAAGGGCCCGCGGCUCGGGGCGGCCCCUGGGGACGAAAGAACCACCAGCCAGCACGAAGGGGCCUGGAAAAAGAUGUCUGCCAUCUACUCGCCCAGGAUGGGCAGAGCCAAGCCAGCUGGGAAAGCCGCUGCCCCCGCGGAGGAACGGUCCCUGGAAACCACCGGUUGCAAGAACAGUCCCUCCGUGCCCAGCACCAGCACCCCUGGCCGGGAGCCGCCGGCCUGGCAGGACCUGCAUGCCGGGCUGCUGCGCUCGGGCAUCGUGUGCCUGCCAGGGAGCUCGGACAGGCUGGGCAGGGCCCUCCUCCAGGUGACCACCAGCGGCAGCGCCUGGGGGGCCACGUGGUGCUCGGCCACCGAGCUGGCGAGGCUCAUCCUCUACCUCUGCUCCCUCCCCAGGCGAGAAGCGAAGGACGGCGGGCUCACUGUUGUGGUGGAUGCCAGGAAGCAGUCGCCUGCUCCUGUCCUGUUCUCGGCCCUCCGCUCUGUCCAGCGAGCGCUGCCGCCCUCCAAGGGUCCCCCAGAGCCUCCCCUGCGCCCGCUGCGCGGUCUGAUCCCCUGGCUGGCGGCAGCCUCUCUGGCAGCCCCCGGCGCUGCCGUGCCUGAGGCCGCGGUUUUUAUCUUGCAGAUUUUACCCAGCGUCUCGCCCGGCUGCAUCCACACCGUGCUGCUGCUGGCCGAGAAGGAGCUGGUCGCCCACCGUGAGAGGCUGCCCGGGGUGCAGGUGGAGACCCUGGCGUCGCUGAAGGCUCUGGGCCGCUACAUCGACAGCUCCCAGCUGACACAGGAGCUGGACGGCGCCUUCCCCUACUGCCACGGCGAGUGGGUUCAAUUCUUCCAGAAACUGCAUCCCUUCACGGCCGGCCUCAGGCGGGCAUCAGAGGUGCUGCAGAGCUGCAUCCAGGAGCUGCGGAGCGCCGACGCGCUGGCAAGGACACAGGAUGCGGCCGCGUGCAUUGGGAGGCACCAGGAGCUGAUGCGGAGGGUGCUGAGCGACCCGCAGCUGGUGUGCGUGCAGCGCGAGGGGGGGGCCGUGCUGGCCAGGCUGCGCAGGGAGGCCACCCGCCUCAGCGCCUCGGCCAAUGUCAGGACCAGCAUGGAGUCAGCCGAGGGGCUGUACAGCCAGCUGGAGGAAGAGCUUCAUGACCUGGUGUCCCAGUCCAACAGCUGCCUGGAGCACCUGGAGUUCCUCCGAAAGGUCCAGGGGCUCGAGGCGGAGUUCAGCAAGCUGGGGUGCUGGCUGGACGGGGAGGCAGCGGCACGGCUGCGGGAGAUGGGCGCCGAGGAGUGGAGCCCCGACAGCUUCCAGGGGUCCGCCGAGCAGUUUAACGAGUUCCUCGUCCAGGCAACAGCUCAGUACCGGCACGGCCUGGCCCUGUGUCAGGAGGCGGCUGAGGUCCGAGACGCGGCUUUCCCUGAGGCAGACCCCUUCCAGGCGGCUGCAGCCCUUUUCCAGACGAAGCUGAUGAGCUUCUACAGGCAGGUGGAGCGGCGGCAGGCUGAGCAGGAGCUGCUGCGGGAGCUUGGCCAAUUCUCCGGCAAGGUCACGGGGCUGAGGCUGGACUGCAGGCAGUGCUCAGCCCGGGGGAGGCGCGGGGAAGGCCAGGCGCUGCAGUGCCUGCAGAGCUCCUUCCAGAAGCUCUCAGUGGAGUUUGCCCUGGAGAAGCUGCAGGAGAUGAAGGCUCAGGUGUGCAGGAUGCAGAGCAGCCGAGGGUUGGCAGCCUGGACCGAGGCACGGCACCGGUACCAGGAGACCCGGCAGAUCCUGGAGGAGAUGCUGGCAGAGCUGCAGGAGGCCUGGGGAGCACAAGCCGACGGGCAGGGAGACGCCUUCGGCUCCCCCAGCUCGGGGGCCGCAGCCCCUUGCAAGGAAGCCCCAGGCUGCAAAGCAGCUGCCAGCCCCGAGCCAGCCGUGUCAGGGGGCCGGGGCGCAGCAGAGCAGCCAGAGCCCAGCGCCCUGGGACCGGGACAGCCCCAAGGGUCAGGACAGCCCCAGGCCAGCAGCGUUCCUGGCCCUGCCCUGGGCGCAGAGCCGAGCUCCCCGCAGCCCCGCUGCCGGCAGGGGCCGGAGGGCAACUGUGUCUUUCACCGCCACGUCUCUGCUGACGCCUCCCUCCCAAAACCCGAGAGCGGAGCCUGCCUGGCAGCUGCAGGACACCUUGCCCAGGAGCGCAGCCAGCCCCUCCAGAGGCAUCCCUUCACCCUGCCUCCCCGGGCGCAUUUUCCAGGUGCUGACCCGUUGUCUCCCACCGCUGUGCCCCACGAGACUGUCUCAGCCCCUGGCACGCACGGUCCGCCUGCAGAUAAGCAGGCAGAAGCCACCCAGUACUUCCAGGUUUCCACCCAGAGCAGUUUCUCCUCUGAAGACUCAGACUCGCAGAACUCCACCGAAGAAGCCCCAUCCGCGAGGCUGGCUUUGCUCCGGGACCUCCAGAGUCCCAGGCCACCUUGCCCCUCCGAAAAGCCCCCCCAGAUUGUUUACCUGGAGAACCACCACACCGAGAGUCCAGCUAAAGCAAAUGCCAACUAA